UUGAGGUCGAAACUCUCACACAAACCCCCACAAACGAAUUCAUUUCUAGAGAACGAACUGAUCGAGGAAACGAUCCUCCCGGUACCUCAAAACAACUCCAAUCGCCAUGAUCUACAUCCAUCAUGCGGUGACGAGUUGCACGUCGCUCCUAUCCCGUGCGCCGCAUACAUCGGUGUUGCCUCACUUGGCUCAUUCAUGCUCCUCACUUUCCAGGACCUUCGCUUCAGAACCACAUCACGACCGACGAAAACGUGAGCUGCUCAUAAUGCUUUCUCUCGUUGCUUUGGGCGCAACGGCGCAUCUAAAACGGCGCCUCUAUGGCACGACUUCUCUUUCUCCCUUUCUGUUCUUCCAUAUCGCGGCCCUUUCAUCUUACCAGUUCGAUAUUCACGAUUGUCCAGCAGGAAGACUGCUCGAAGCUUUAGAAAAGAGCUUGCCCUUCAGGUGAAGUGCAAGAGCGCUUUUCAGGCUGCAAUCUCUUGGCUGGGCGACUCGCGCUUCAUCACACUGUCUCGCCCCACCCUGCAGGCUUUACAUCAGCUUGCCCUCGGGCUCAGUAGGUCCAUGAGCCGUGUGCAUUCAAUGGCCUAGCUCACAUGUUCCGACACACUCCCCCUACGAGCAAUGCAUGAUCAAAGGACUCCAUGCUCAGUCGC